AUCAUCGGUUCUAUUGUGGAGGCGGAAGUUAUCUUUUAAAAAUACAAGGCCUUUUGUGAACAGGCCUCAGUGGUUGCGUAAACAUGUCGGGGGACAAAAUUAAGGAAAUAUUAAAGAAAAGAGAGCGUCUAUUUGGGUCUUUAAAGAGGUUUUCUUCAUUUUUGGAAGCUUACGAUCCUGUCAAGCAAUCUGGACAGAUACAAUCGCGGUUGGAAAAACUAGAGGCGAAAUGGGAUGCAUUUGAGGAAAUUCAAGACGAAAUUGCGGUGUUAGAUGAAAGAGAUGAGCUUGAGGUGGUUAAUUUUGAAGCAUCAUCGAGGUUUGAAAACAUGUAUUACGAAAUUCGGACGGCUUUGUUAGCAAAAAUUCCAAAUGCCACACCAGUUUUGAAUAUGGACAACACGAUUGGGCGAAAUACGUCGUUGGGUUUGCAUGCUGGAGUACGUUUGCCACAAAUUUCCAUUCCAGAUUUUGAUGGAGACUAUCGGCAGUGGCUAUCGUUUAAAGCUACAUUUGUUUCAUUGAUUCACGACUCAGUGGAGCUGAGUGAGGUACAGAAGUUCCAUUAUCUGAAAUCUGCCCUGAAAGGGGAGGCUGCAAAAUUAAUUGCUUCAUUGACACUUACCAAUGAAAAUUAUAUAAUUGCUUGGGAAACGAUAACUAGAAGAUAUUCUAACGAAAAGCUGCUGAAGAAGAGGCAUUUGCAAGCGCUAAUGGAAUAUCCAAGGAUUGAAAUGGGUUCUGCUUCAGCUAUUCAUGGUUUGGUGGAUGAGUUUGAACAACGGUUGAAAAUUCUGAAACAAUUGGGUGAACAGGUGGAAUGUUGGGGUGCAAUGAUCGUCUUUUGGAUGUGCUCAAAGCUAGAUGUUAAUACGCUUCAACUCUGGGAAGAUCAUGCAGCAACACUAGAAGAACCAUCUUUUGCAUUAUUGGUUGAUUUUUUGGAAAAGAGAACGAGGGUCUUGGAGGCGGUUUCUUCAAAUUCCACUAAUUCUAGAAUGGUGUACAAUCGCAGUUCUAGCGGUCGUCAACAUAUGAGCGUACAUGUAGGAACUGAAGAUUCUAAGCAGGUCAAUUGGUCAUGCGUAUGCUGUGGAAAGUCUCACUAUUUAUCUCAAUGCGAUAAUUUCCUGAAACUCAGCUUAAAGGAUCGUUUGAAUUUCGUCAAUGCAAAAAGAUUAUGCAGCAGUUGUCUGAAAGGCGGGCAUUGGGCAAGGAAUUGCAACUCCAAAUUUAGAUGUCGCUCAUGCAAUCAGAAACAUAAUACGCUUAUUCAUCCAGGGUUUUCAAAGUCAGAUAAUGAAUCCACUGCAGUAAACAAUGCUGUCAUCCAAAAUGAACUGGUUUCUACAACACCUGAGGAUGAUAAUCAAGCUAAGGAUGCAUUGCAUGAUCCUUCUCUGGGUUCGUUUAACGUGGGUGUGAAAGGAAGUUCAUCUAAUAUAUUCCUGUCAACAGUGGUAUUGGAGAUAUAUGAUUGUCAUGGGUCAAAAAUAUUAGCACGGGCUCUUCUCGAUAACGGAUCACAGGCAAACAUUAUAAGCGAACGGCUUUGUCAGUCAUUGAAAUUGAAACGCAGAUCGAUCAAUGUUCCAGUGUGUGGUGUAGGUCAAGCCGAAAUGCAUGCGCGCCAUGCUGUUACUGCAAAGAUUGGGUCUAGAAUUUCUAAUUUCUCUAUUGGAAUUGAAUGUCUGGUUCUGCAAAGGAUUACAACUGAUCUCCCUUCCACGAAUAUCUCUAUGUCCCAUUGGAAUAUCCCACCAGAAUACAAAUUAGCAGAUCCGGGUUUUAAUACAAGUGGUCGAAUUGAUUUAUUGAUCGGAGCAGAACAUUUUUACGAUUUUUUGUAUCAACAUGAAAUGAAACGAAUUUCACUUGGUGCGGGAGUUCCCUAUUUAAUAGAGACCGUGUUCGGAUGGGUGGUUUCCGGGAAAGCACAGCUCCCAAACACAACUUCGGUGAUUUGUAACGUUGCGACGAAUUCUGAAAAUUUGGAAAAGCAACUUGAACGUUUUUGGGCGGUAGAAAGUCAUGAAGAUCGACCUACGUGGACAGCAGAAGAGAAAGAUUGUGAGGAAAAUUUUGUACAAACAUUUGAGCGAGAUGCAGAAGGACGAUACUUGGUUCGAUUGCCGAAAAGGAUUGGUUUUGAAAGUAUGCUAGGGAAUUCAAAAACCUUAGCUUUGAAUCGAUUCUUAAAAUUGGAGCAACGAUUGGAAAAUAAUUCUGAAAUGAAACGUCAAUAUAAUGAAUUUAUGUUGGAGUAUCUGGAACUGAAACAUAUGAGAAAAUUAGAGGAUGGUGAAGUGGCAGCUGAAUUGUAUGGAAACGAUAGCCGUAAGAGCUAUUAUUUGCCACAUCAUGCUGUUGUCAAGGACUCAAGCACCACAACGAAAGUUCGCGUUGUGUUUGACGGGUCUGCACGUACAGACACCGGUUUUUCUUUGAACGAUUGUCUUCUAAAGGGUCCUUCUAUACAAGAUGAUCUACUCAGUCUCCUACUACGAUUCCGAAAGCAUGAGGUUGCUCUAGUAGGUGAUGUUGAGAAGAUGUAUAGACAAAUUCGCCUCCAUGCUGAUGAUACAUCUCUUCAGAGAAUUUUUUGGAGAUUUUCCAAUCAAGAUUCAAUGGAUAUCUACGAGCUACAAACAGUGACGUAUGGAUUAACACCUUCAUCAUUUCUUGCCACCAGAUGCCUUCAGCAGUUAGCCAUAGAUGAAGGCGAAAAUUUCCCCAAUGCCAAACCUGUGUUGCAGAAAGAUUUUUAUGUAGACGAUUGCUUGAGCGGAGCCUCAUCAAUUGAGGACACGUUGAUUCUACGCGAUGAACUCAUGUCUAUCAUGAAAAAAGGCGGGUUUCAUCUUCGUAAGAUAAGUUCAAAUAAGCCUGAGGUAUUAGCUGGACUUUCACCAGAACAGAUUGGUACUGACUUGACUAUAACAUUCGAUUUAGACCCUGAAGCUGAAGUUAAAACCCUUGGUAUUACCUGGGACCCAGGCGCGGAUGAAUUACGUUUCGUACAUGCACCUGUAUCGGAAAACUGUCUGUGGACAAGAAGAAAGAUAUUGUCAGCAAUCGCCAAGCUUUUUGACCCAUUAGGUUUGAUUUCUCCUGUUGUUGUGGUGGCCAAAAUAAUUAUGCAAGAACUUGCUUUGCUUCAAACUAAAUGGGAUGAACCAGUUCCUCCUGCCUUGGAGCAAAAAUGGAAAAAAUUCUACUCAGAGUUAUGCCUUUUGCCACAGCUACGAAUAAGCAGAUUUGCAUUUAUAUCAAAGUUUACAGCAGUUCAAAUUCACUGCUUUGCAGACGCCUCGGAGCUUGCCUAUGGUGCCUGCAUUUACGUGCGAACAAUUGAUGCUGUUGGACGAGUACAUGUGGAACUUUUGUCAGCCAAAUCUCGCGUUGCCCCCCUCAAAAGGUUGACUUUACCUAGGUUGGAGCUUUGCGCGGCAAAGGAAGCAGCUGAACUCUUCACUAAGAUCUCCAAAGCCCUGAUGUUGGACAAUGCAAAGUCCUUUUUUUGGUCCGAUUCUACAAUUGUUCUUCAUUGGUUGGAAGCUCAGCCGAACACCUGGAACACCUUCGUGGCUAAUCGUGUUUCCAUCAUUCAAUCCUGUACAUACGGUCUCCCGUGGAACCAUAUUUCUGGAAAGGAGAACCCUGCUGACCUCGUUUCCCGCGGCUUACAUGUAGCAGACUUUCUUAAAAGUGAGCUUUGGAAAUUUGGUCCUACGUGGCUAAAAGAACCUGAGGAAAACUGGCCCUCUAAAGCCUUUUUGGAAGAAAUUGCAGAAGAGCAACUUGAAAAGCGCAAAUUAAUACAUAACACGACCGCAGUUUCCCCACAACUUAAUUCUUUGUUCACCCGUGGUCUUACGUUGAUAUCAUUAUUGCGUGUUGUUGCGUUCUGUUUGCGGUUCGCAAAGAACAGCAGAAAAAAUGCCCAGCGGUGUCAAAGUUCGACAAUUACGGAGCCUGAAUUGCUAGCUGCAAAAAUAGCUGUAAUUAAACUAGUCCAGGCGGAAUAUUACUUAGAAGAAAUUAAGCUUUUGAGAAAGCAACACAAUGUGUCUACAAAAUCUUCGCUUAAACUGCUCAACCCUUUCUUGGAUCGCGAAGGCGUUAUUCGGGUUGGAGGUCGCUUGACUAAUUCAAACGAGUCCUACAACACUCAGCACCCAGCUAUCCUACCACCUUCCCAUCCUUUUACCCACCAAAUCAUUAAAUACACCCACGUCAGAACCAUGCAUGGCAGCCACAGGUUAACUCUUUCAGUGUUGCGUCAAGAAUAUUGGCCAAUUCACGGAAAACGAGCUGUGAAAUCUGUUUUGCGAAAAUGCCGAGAAUGCUUCCGAACAAACCCAACUAACAUACAGCAACCAACCGGCCAAUUACCGUCCACAAGAGUCAUUGCAAACAAACCGUUCCACAUAACUGGAGUUGACUACUGUGGGCCUUUUUUCUUGAAACCACCCCACCGUCGAGCAGCCAGCCCAAAAUGCUAUAUCGCUGUUUUCGUCUGCUUCACGACAAAGGCUCUACAUUUGGAGUUGGUUGGCGAUUUGUCCACAUCCAGUUUCCUGGCUGCUUUCAGGAGGUUUAUUGGACAUUACGGUAUCCCUUCCGAAAUGCAUUCAGACAAUGCUAAAAAUUUCGUUGGGGCAAACAAAGAAUUAAGACUGCUGUAUGAGAUGCUUGGCAAUAGCAAAACUCAGGAAAGAAUAUCAAACGAACUCGGACAGCUAGGAAUCAACUGGAGAUUCAUUCCCCCAAGGGCUCCCAAUUUUGGUGGUCUUUGGGAAGCAGGUGUUAAAAGCGUUAAAUCAUCUCUCAAAAAAGUAAUUGGUUUACGUCAGCUCUCGUUCGAGGAUUUUACCACCCUACUAGUCCAGAUCAGCGCCGCCUUAAAUUCCAGACCCUUAACUCCCCUCACAGAUGACCCAUCAGAUAUAGACGCUCUCACGCCGGCACAUUUUCUCAUCGGAUCUCGAAUGACCGAUUUACCCGACAAAGAUAUCCGACACGUACCCACUAACCGCCUCACCCACUAUCAGCAACGUCAGCAGCUAUUCCAGCAUUAUUGGCAUCGAUGGAGCCGAGAAUAUCUCACCGAGCUACAAAAAUAUAGUAAGAUUCGCCGCCCUCAUCGUAUCCAGGUAGGAGAUGUCGUAGUACUUCGAGAAGAUAAUCUGCCCCCACUCAAUUGGCCACUUGCCAGGAUCGUUGCGGUUCAUCCAGGAGACGACGACGUUGUCAGGGUAGUCACGGUUAAGACAGCAACAGGAGUCUACAAACGAUCAGCUUAUCGAUUAUGUCCGCUACCAAUUGAUGAAGUUGACACCAUCUGUGAUUCAAUUGUGCAAAAAUGA